GUAUCACAGAAUCAUAAACUAAUUGAAGACAGAGUGAGCUUCUGGAAAUCACUCCUGAAGCAGCAUCAGUUAGAGAAGGUUGCCCAGGACUGUAUCAUUGGAUUUGGAAUAUCCCAAGGAUAAACUCCACAGCCUCUCUGAACUACCUGUUUCAUCUCUCAUCCUCUCACUGGGUACCACUGAGAAGAGCCUGACUGCAUCAUUUUUUGCUUCUUCUUGUCAGAGAAUUAACUAGGCUUCAAAAUGAAAGUGAGGAAGAAGAGUCCUGGAAAGUAUUAACUUGAACAGGAAUUAUUGUUGAAUAUAAUCCAAGAACAAUACAAUGUUAAUUCUCUCUAUGUUCAACUCCAUAAGGAUCUUCACUAAGGAGUUGCAGUGAGACAAACGCUGAGAAACAUUUUUCUUCAGUACAAUGUGGUGAAGUGGAGGAACUGAAAUUAUCCACUUCUGUACAGGCUAAGGACUUAAAAUGUGUGUUGCUUUGUGAACAGAAGCAGUUCUGGAGUGAACUGAGCAUCUGAAAAUGCGGCCAUGGACUGGUUCCUGGCGUUGGAUUAUGCUCAUCCUCUUUGCUUGGGGAACUUUACUCUUCUAUAUUGGUGGACACCUGGUACGAGACAGUGAGCACCCAGAUCAUUCUAGUCGCGAAUUGUCCAAGAUACUUGCUAAACUUGAACGUUUAAAGCAACAGAAUGAAGACUUAAGGCGGAUGGCAGAAUCUCUCAGGAUACCAGAUGGACCCAUUGAUCAGGGACCAGCUGCAGGAAAAGUACAUGCUUUAGAGGAGCAACUUUUAAAGGCCAAAGAGCAGAUAGAAAACUAUAAGAAGCAGACAGGAGAUGGAGGCCUUGGAAAAGACCAUGAAAUACUAAGAAGAAGGAUUGAAAAUGGGGCUAAAGAACUUUGGUUUUUCCUCCAGAGUGAAUUAAAGAAGUUAAAAAAUUUAGAAGGAAGUGAACUGCAGAGGCGCAUAGAUGAAUUUCUGUCUGAUUUGGGGCAUCAGGAAAGGUCAAUAAUGACAGACUUGUACUACCUCAGUCAAACAGAUGGAGCAGGAGAUUGGCGAGAAAAAGAGGCCAAAGAUCUAACAGAUCUGGUGCAGAGGAGAAUAACUUACUUACAGAACCCAAAGGACUGCAGCAAAGCUAAGAAACUUGUGUGUAAUAUUAACAAAGGCUGUGGCUAUGGUUGUCAACUUCAUCAUGUAGUCUACUGCUUCAUGAUUGCUUAUGGCACUCAGCGAACGCUCAUUUUAGAGUCUCAGAAUUGGCGCUAUGCUACUGGUGGUUGGGAGACUGUAUUUAGACCUGUAAGCGAGUCCUGUACUGACAGAUCUGGUACAACCACUGGACACUGGUCAGGUGAGGCUAAUGAUAAGGAUGUACAGGUGGUGGAGCUCCCCAUUGUUGACAGCUUACAUCCACGGCCACCUUAUUUACCAUUGGCUGUCCCUGAAGACCUGGCUGAUAGGCUGAUUCGUGUACACGGGGAUCCUGCAGUAUGGUGGGUCUCACAGUUUGUCAAAUACUUGAUUCGUCCACAGCCUUGGCUAGAAAAAGAAAUAGAGGAAGCCACCAGGAAACUCGGUUUCAAACAUCCUGUGAUUGGUGUUCAUGUUCGGAGGACAGACAAAGUAGGAACAGAAGCAGCGUUUCAUCCCAUUGAAGAAUAUAUGGUGCAUGUUGAAGAGCGGUUUGAACUUCUUGCUCGUAGAAUGCAUGUUGAUAAAAAGAGAGUGUAUUUGGCUACAGAUGACCCUUCAUUAUUGCAGGAGGCCAAAUCCAAGUAUCCAAAUUAUGAAUUUAUCAGUGAUAACUCCAUAUCUUGGUCAGCCGGACUUCAUAAUCGAUACACUGAGAACUCCCUAAGAGGUGUCAUUCUGGAUAUCCACUUCUUGUCUCAGGCAGACUUCCUGGUCUGUACAUUUUCAUCCCAGGUUUGUCGAGUUGCCUAUGAAAUUAUGCAGACAUUGCAUCCAGAUGCUUCGGCAUAUUUCCAUUCUUUGGAUGAUAUCUACUACUUUGGGGGACAGAAUGCACAUAACCAGAUUGCUGUUUAUGCUCAUCAUCCACGAACUGCUGAUGAAAUUCCUAUGGAACCUGGAGACAUAAUUGGAGUAGCUGGAAAUCACUGGGAUGGUUAUUCAAAAGGAAUCAAUAGGAAAUUAGGAAAAACAGGCCUGUACCCGUCCUAUAAAGUUAAGGAGAAAAUUGAGACAGUCAAAUACCCUACGUACCCAGAAGCUGAAAAGUAGAAUAACAGGAAGACGUAUGGCAGUAAUUCUCACUUCUUUGACUCAAAUCAGUCAACAUACUAAUGGUUUAUAUGGGAUUUGAAUUUGCAUUUUAACAUGCAUUUAAAAUCAAAGCCUUUGGUAAUGAAACUGGAAAAGAAACUGAGAACAAAUGGAUGGGCUGUUAUCUGAACUCACUCCUAAACAUUUUUUGUUAUAUGCACUAUCACACAUGCACACCACAAAUGCAUACAGCAGGAAAACUGUUGUUUUAUACUUUCUGUCUCUACAAGAUUUGUCCCAGUCAGUAGUCUCAUGUGAGCUUUCAGCUCUUCUCUCUGCCAUUAUAUGACAAUAAUGCUCAGACUUAUAACACUGCCAUAUUGUGUAAUUUGAGUAACAUGAACAUAUUUUGUAUGUGCAAAAUUUAAAACAUGGUGCCUAUAUUUGAAAGAUUUGUGACAUUUUUAAAAGAGCCAUGCCUAUUUCACUGAUGCGCAAGAAUCAGUUUUCAACUGUUACCAUGAUCACUGAAUUUGCUUCAAAGAGAUUCAAAUUUCAGACUAGAUUUCUUUACAAAGUUUAUUUUUAGCGUUCCAUUGGUUACUUCUCAUGAUUAAUAAAAUAAAGGAUACAUCCAACAAUGAAAUAGUCACUGUCUGUUAGGAACUUUUGUAAAACAAUGCCAUAAACAAAUUUGUCUGUGCUGAA